CAGUCGCUGCUGCUACUGCGGCUACAUCUCAAUAGGAACAGUGCGGCAGUGUGAGGACUACUCUCCUCCCAACAGUUGUAUAUUUUGCUUCUAAACGGAUAUUUUACCAUAAAACGCGACUGAACCGACACAUAAAGCAUCUUGUGGAGCCGCUGUGGAUCUGCACAGAAGGAGGACCACAUCACAUGGGAGUGUGUGUCCGUAAGUGUGAGUGUGUCUGUUGGGGCCGCCUCCUGCCGUCGCCCACUCUUCCUGGACCGGCAUGGCGGGGGUCAGGGAGCGCAGUGGCUCGCGCACACAGAGACCGUGGUCUGUGUACCGGGCCAACACCUUCGAGCUGUCCAACGAGAUGAUCGGCUUGGCUCUCGCAGGAAAUAGUCAGGACCCAGAUGAACCUGUGCUGGAGUUCAGCGUGGUGUGCACAGACCUGCUGACUCCUGCUUUAGAUCGAAAACCCAACAGCUUUGUAGCUGUGAGCUGCACGACGCCACCGCAGGCCUUCUGGACCAAACACGCCCAGACUGAAGUCAUAGAGGGCUCCAGUAACCCCAUCUUCCUCAGCAGCAUCGCCUUCUUCCAGGACUCCUUCAUUAACCAGCAGACGCAGGUGAAGCUGGCCGUCUAUGACGUGAAGGAUCGUUCCCAGGGCACGAUGUACAUGUUGGGCUCUGCACUAUUUCCUGUAAAGGAGCUGCUACAAGAGAAAAGCCACAGAUUACAGCUGGAACUGCGAUCUGCAGAAAACCAGCGGGUGGGGAGCGUUACCAUAGCAGCCUGGCAGAUGGAGGACAAGGCAGAUCAGAGGAUGUCUAUCGGCCGCCUGCCAGACAGCAUCAACGGACGGACAGUGUUACCUGUGGAUGAGAGCCUGACGGAGUCGAUGGGAGUCCGGAUCAAGUACGCCUCACUGUGCAAAGACAGCCUGCUUCGGUCAGUGUUUGGAGGCACCAUGUCCAGGAUGUACCGCUUCCCCACCACUGACGGGAACCACCUGCGAGUGCUGGAGCAGAUGGCCGAGAGCGUCCUGUCGCUCAACAUUCCCAGACAGUUUGUCAAACUGCUGCUGGAGGAGGACGCAGCCAGGGUGUGUGAGCUGGAGGAGCUGGGAGAGUUAUCCCCCUGUUGGGAGAACCUGCGACGACAGAUCGUCUCUCAGUACCAAAACAUAAUCCUAGCGUACCAGGAAACACUGUCUGACCUCAACGAUUACAGAGGUCCGUCAUUCAAAGCCAGUAACCUGAAGGCAGACAGAAAACUUGAGUUCAUGCCAACCAACCUCCACGUGCAGAGGAUGAGGGUGCAGGAUGAGCUGGGCUUUGAACACACAUACGAUGUGAUCACGAUCGGCGCUCCGGCUGCUCACUGCCAGGGUUUUAAAAAUGGCGGGCUGAGGAAGCUCAGCCAGAAGUUUGAGGAGGCCAAGAAACACAUAUAUGAGGAAGGAUGCAGUGCUCUCUCCAGCUCACAGUCCAUCGUCUACAUACCCCAGGACAUCGUCCGAGCCAAAGAAAUCAUCGCCCACAUCAACACGCUCAAGACUCAGGUCAGCUACUACGCUGAGAGGCUUUCCCGAGCCGCCAAAGACCGAUCAGCCAGCGGACUGGAAAGGACGCUCACUAUUCUGGCUGAUAAGACUCGCCAGCUGGUGACAGUGUGCGACUGCAAGCUGCUGGCUUCAGCCAUUCAGGCCUUGAAUGCAGCGCGCCCAGAGUAUAUUGCCUCCAAAGCAUCUCCUUCCGCUGAGUCUGAACAAGUAGUUCUCCGCAACGACCAGGACACAUUGCUCGCCAAGUGGAGCGGUCGUAACAGCCGGUCUUCUCUGCAUGUAGAUUGGCAUGAAGAAGAGUGGGAGAAGGUGUGGUUGAAUGUGGAUAAAUCUUUGGAGUGCAUCAUCCAGCGUGUAGACAAGCUGCUUCAGAAAGAGAGGAGACCCAGCGCCGGCAGCCAGGACAGUACCCAGAGUGACCAGCAGGGCGGCAGCAGCAAAAAAGAUGAUGGGAAGAGAAGAGCUUUCUGGGUCAACCCAGGAAGUAUGACAGAAGAAUCUCCAUCAUUACCAUCAUCAUUAUCUGAACCACCAUCCUCCUCCUCUCCCUCUCCACCUACCAUCACCUCUGCACAUCCCUCCUGCCCUGAACAGGAAACCUAUGGAAGCUCCGGUGCUGAGGAGGCGUACCCAGGCGAGUGGAGCGAGGCGUUGUACCCCCUCCUAACCACGCUAACAGAGUGUGUCGCCAUGAUGAGCGAUAAGGCCAAAAAGUCUAUGGUGUUCCUUCUGAUGCAGGACAGCGCUCCGACAAUAUCCAUGGACGUCUCGCUGCAGUACCGACGCGACGUCGUCUUCUGUCAGACGCUCACCGCUCUCAUCUGUGGCUUCAUUAUCAAACUGAGGAACUGUCUCCGUGACAACGGGUUCCUGCGACAGCUCUACACCAUCGGCCUGCUGGCUCAGUUUGAGUCUCUGCUGAGCACCUACGGAGAGGAGCUCGCCAUGUUGGAGGACAUGAGCAUCGGCAUCAUGGACCUGCGUAAUGUCACCUUUAAGGUUACCCAGGCAACAGGCAGCUCCACCCCCGACAUGCUGCCCAUCAUCACGGGAAACAGGGACGGCUUCAACGUGCGCAUCCCGCUCCCAGGCACCAUGUUUGAUGCACUGCCACGUGAGAUCCAGAGCGGCAUGCUGCUGAGGGUCCAACCGGUGCACUUUAACGUCGGCAUCAAUGAGCAGCAGACGCUGGCGGAGAAGUUUGGAGACACAUCCCUGCAGGAGAUCAUUAACAUGGAGAGUCUGUCCAGGCUGAACUCUUACUAUGAACAGUUUAAAGAAGUCCUGCCUGAAGACUGCCUGCCGCGGUCUCGUUCCCAGACUUGUCUUCCUGAGCUGCUGAGGUUUCUGGGUCAGAACGUCAACGCCAGGAAGAACAAGAACGUAGACAUCCUCUGGCAAGCUGCCGAGAUCUGCCGCCGGCUGAACGGCGUCCGUUUCACCAGCUGCAAAAGCGCCAAAGACCGCACGGCCAUGUCUGUCACGCUGGAGCAGUGCCUGAUCCUGCAGCAUGAGCACGGCAUGGCACCGCAGGUCUUCACGCAGGCCCUCGACUGCAUGCGCAGCAUUGGGACUCGAGAAGGGGUGAUCCAGAAGAACCUGAGUGGCUUGCUGCCGGUGCGCGACUUGCGGCUGGACCCCAGCCUCCUGUACUCGCUGCCUCUGCUGGCCCUGAGCCCCAACCUCCUGGUCGUGUGGAUCUUCCUCAGCUUGGCGUACUUCCUGGCUAAACUCCGCUGCAGCUGAACGGCUGCUCUCAGCUGACUGCAAAACAUGGCAACGUUUACGAGGAGGGGUUGGGAAUGCUUUUCGCUGACUAACCAGAGGGUUUCUGAAACUGUGUGAGAGUGUGUGUGAGUGUGUAAUCCAUGCUCACACUUGACUAAGGGCUUUACACAACUAACGCCCCAUUUAUUAAGGGCCAAGCCUGACAUCCUCUCCUUGUUUCAUCUCCUUUAUGAGCACUAACUGUUUGGUUGUUAAACCUGGGACCAGUUUCUUUCCACACUAAAUCUGCUGAACAGGAAGUUGAGAAACAUGCAUCCUCUAGUGCUUUUAAAAUGAUAUCUGAGACUGAGACAGCUUGUUUUAAAACAUUUUGAUCCAUGAGCUUCCCUGCUGUUAUAAAUGCUGCCAUGUGAGCAUUAUUUCCACUUCUUAAUCUCUGAAAUAGAAGAUGUUAUGAUCACAAAGUCAGACUGCAUCAUCAUCUUCGAAAAGCUCAGUCUUUAAAAGCUCAUUUUAGUUCGAUUCCAGAAGAUGAAGAGUUGAAAUAUUCAUUUUAAAAAGCUGGAGGAUGUUUUCUUUUUAUUUCAGCUGGCUUAGUGUGAACGUACAUCUUUAAAUCUGUGCAAGAAAAACAAACAAAAAACACACACCUUACAUGUGCAAGAGCUUUACUGUCAGUGCCGCUGUGAAUUCAACAUUAAUGGCAAAGCAGCGCCCCCUGGUGGCCCGACUGCCUUAUUCUUCACUGUCUUCACUCAACACUAGCUGACAAAAGAGCAGAUAAAAAGUAACGGUAUAUUUAUGAAACUUGUGAAUAUGUGUAAAAAUAAACUUAUUAUAUAUGAAUAGUGUUUCAGGAAGGACUGAUAGUAGCUAUUAUAAUGGAAAUGAGUGUCUAUUUUAUGAUUCAAGCUUCCUACAAUAAGCUAAUUUCAUUUCUUAGCUUGUUUGAUUUCUCGUCUUCCACAUGCUUUGGCACUUCCUUGCAGGAAAAAGAACUAAAGCUUUUGUUUUAUGCCAAAAUUAACCAAAUAUUUGGUCUGUAUCUAUUUUUGUAGAACGUAGGAGUAUUUUUUACCUCUACUUUAGCUUGUGCACUUUGCAGUAGAUCUGGGUUAGUCACUGACUCUGUUUACAUGAAGUAAAAAAAUAAGAAUAAAAAAACGAAUAUUUGUUUGCUCAGAUGUAAAUGAACUGAACUAAUUCAACUCAUUCAUAGCAAAUAUUUCAUGUAGGUUUGAACGCAAAGUUGCUUAAUUAAACAAAACGAUAAACAUGAGAAAAAUAGAGGAGUUUAGUAUUUGGUUAAAUUUGAAUGCUGUGUCUUGUCUUUGAAACAAUUUUACGUCCUUCAGACCCUUUACCGUAUUUCUUUUUAAAUUGGUCCAGGCACUGCCCCUAGUGGUUACUCACAUAUUUGGAGCUUGCGAAAGCAUUGCAUUAAUUUAAGAGAACAUACAAAAACAAGGUAUCUAUGUACGAGGCAGCCAUGACAAUCACACAUACGUGUAAUUAAAAGCAAGUAUAUUUUCAGCCAUGAAACCAUUUAUGCUCCCUUUACGUACAUAAGUAGGUACGUUCAUUUCACACAUCUGCCCUUACACUUUUAUGCGUCAAUCACAUUAGCAUGGUUGUUUGCCGGUACAUCCACCAGAGGGCAGUGCAGAGAUCAGAGUAAUUUGGUACGUAAAGGACGUAGGGGACAGACAAAAAUCCAUCUUUUGUGUAGAUUAUAGAUGUGUCCCAAUUCGGGGUAUUCGCACUUCAAAGUGCAGGUUGUUUUUUUUGUUUUUUUUAGCUACACUUUAGUAGAAACGUGACAAAACCAAGAACAUUGAAAACAUAUUGGCAUUAAAAUUCUGUAAUAGUUGAUAUUCUUGGAUUUUAAAGGGGUUAAUGAAGAAUGCCUACCAGGAUGGCAUCCCAGGUGCGUGAUAAGAUGCAGGAUCCCAGUUGGAUGGGGCCCAUUUCUGGACCUCAGUGGCCUCCCUGAUCGAGGGUGGUGGUAUUUAUUGCUUUUAGAGAGGUAAUCUUGGCUUCCUACCAAUCCAUAAUGAGCUUCUCUUUUGCAGUGAUCAGAUGUGGCUGGUUUUAGAUUCUGUUGUUCUGCUUUCGCUUUUCCUACUAACAGGGAAAACAAAAAUUCUGUCACAUAAUCUUCAGGGUGUGCUCCUUGAUCUGGAUUCCUUUUGGCAUCCUGUUAUUCAUUAGUUCAGUUCAUUUAUAAAAUCUUAUGGUUUAUCACCUGCCCAGAAGGAGGCAGUAAUCAGCUGUCUCACUGAUGGACAAACAGAGAAGCACCAAGUCAGUGACUGACCCUAAAUCUGCCCUUGAGUUUGAAUCAUGAUGCAAUGGAGAUCAGCUUUGUCUCGCCAGUUGUCAGAGUUGAUUCUUCUGGUUUUUUAGAUGCAGCUUCUAAUUGGCUAAUGCUAGAAUGUAUCAUUGUAGGAUAUCCAGGUGAAAUGUGUUAUGCAGAGUAAUGCUGCAGGUUGUGCGUCCUUCAGAGCAUUUAUCUGUACCAGCUCUUACUUUAGGAUUAGCUUUAUAGAGUCAAGAUUUGCAGAGUGAAGGAACUGAUUUUGUCUGAUAGAUCGCGACUGAAUGAUGGAUGAAGUCAUGCUUGUGCCAAAGGCUGCUAUCAGAUUUUGUUCUGUUCAAUGUAGUAUUUAAGAACUUAAUCCUUAAAAGGAAUGCAACGUCUUUCUUUGAGCCCUGUUAGGCUUCUUGUUGGUUUAUUUCACAUGAAACAAGAAAAGAAUAAACAUAAAAAUUCUCUUAAAAAAUAAGUUUUCUUAUUCAGACAUUGUCUUGUCACUUUACUAAAGUAUAACGAGCCAAACUGCUUCACUGCUCCUCUUUCAAAAUGUCUAAAGAGCUUAUUCAGUCCAAAACUCAAGGAUAUUAAAUUUCCUGCCAGAAUAGUUGAUUUUCACAUUUGAGGUGCUGGAAAUAUUUAGAAGUAAAAUGAUUAAAAAGUUAUCAUUUAAGAUGCAUAUCGGUUUCAGGUAAUUAAAAUUAAUCAAGUUUGAUGUUUUGGUUUUCACCAACCAAUGACAAAGUUUGCACAUUGUAUAAACGUCCAUAUUGCUGUCCCCUGGACCCUUAGACUCAGUUAUAUUUUCCCAGAAGGUGUACCUCCAAAUUAUCCUUUUAAAAUGUGUUAAAAAUAUAAAAAAUAUUUAUAGAAAAAAAAAAAUCUGAAACACUCGGACUGCUUUACCUGCAAGUUUGAAAGGUCAAAAUUAAUAUCUUGAUCUGUUAAUCUCCUUGAAGCGAGGAGGCUCUGUAUCAUUAAUAUUGACCCAUAAAAGAAUUAGAUUGGGACCAAAAUAGCCUCCUUUGGGAGGUUUCCAGCUCUUGUGACCUCCCAACAUUCACUCAUUACUAUGAAACAUCAUUUAAUGGUCAAAUUUUCAAACUGAUCUGCAAUUAAUUACAAGAUUAUUUGGAUCAAACACUAUUGUUAAUAUUUGUUUCAAGGCUUUUUUGAAAGCUGAAAAAGCCUCUGAUAAACCAUGAAAAACACAGAAUAUAAGAAAAUACAAAGAAAAAUUCCACAUUUUUGAAUUAUAGAAUAAUAUUUGGAUGUGAAUUGGUGGAAUAACAGGGUUGUUUUCUCUAUUUAAAGAAAUGAUUUGGCAUGUUAGGAAAAUGAGUUAAAAUGAUAACCUAUCAUAAAGCUAUCACCUGCUACCUGAAUUAUGCCUUGGAAUGAAAUUAAUAGUUGUUAGUUCCUGUAAGUGAAAUGUGAGGAAAUAGUCGGUGGAUCGCUAACUUUGAAACUUUGAAAGACACCAAGCUCUCCUCCUAUUUCCCUUUUCCAAAACCUUUGGCUUUGUGCCCAUAACUGAUAAAUUUGCAUUGUGAAAACACUAAAACUAGCAGGAAACGUCAAACUUGACUCCGUCCAAAGGCAAAAUAAUUCAUGAAAAUUGAUCUGUUUCAAAACUGGAUUGUAAAAUCUAUGUUCAGUAUGAAGACUUGAGCUAAUCUAAGCUAACUGGCUAAUGGGGCAGAGCAGUGUUUUACAUCCUCUUAACAAAAAGCUAAUAAAAACAUUCCAAAAUAUUCAAAUUAAACUAUUAAAAACCCCUUGUUAUUAAUAUGUUUUUCCGUAUCUCUACCUUAAAGGAUUGUCUUCUUCUCCAUUUGUAGAACUACCUCUGAGUUUCAGUACAGGUUAGCAUUUAUUUUACGAAGAAAAGAACUAAUAUGAACAUAUCAGAAAGGAGCAGGGACAAAAUCGUUUUUGCAUAAUGACAAAAACUGUAUUAGUGUUAAUUGAAAAAUAAAGAAUUAUAUCAUCUGCAUAUUAUUAGAUCAUGGGCAUGACAGGAAGAAAUUUCAGUAUUAUUGAUUUAUUUGUUUUUGCUGCCUUUGUGUGAUUUUUUUUUUCUUUAAAUAUUAGCUAUCAGGAUGUUUCAGAGAAUCUAAUUGUACCACUGUACAUAAAUCAUAUUUAAAUACAUGUUUUGCAUAAAUGCAAUAUUUAUUCUGUUUAUUCCAGAGUGUAUAUAAAUACACACAUUGCUUGUGCAUAACUGUUCUGCUGUUGUCACUUUAUAUUAGAGCCUGUUUUUAAUCAUCUUACUGUUAUAUACAUAUUUUUACAUUUUUGUUUAUUAGAUUUUAAUUAUCAAAGUUUGUGGGUAUUUCCAAGCCUCUAAGCCUUUUUCAUGUCGUGUACGUAAAUGAGUGGUUUUGGUUAUAUAUGGCAUGCAAAGUAAAGUUUGAGACAUACUCGCAUAUUACAAUUCUGAACAGUCUUCUGAACACUGAUUUUUCAGCCUUUCUGGUGUUAAGAGCAAUAACCCAGGUCAGUACACAACAGGAAAUUAUAAUGUUGGUUUGUCAGUAUUUUCUUCUGUUCCAUCUGUCUAAGAUCAGCACUACAAUGCCUGCAUCCAUAUUGCUUCAAAUGUAUGACAAACCCAAGAAAAAGCUCCUGUCUCUGUGCACUUAGUCGUACUCCUCUUGAAAUAAAUGGUUAUGUUUUCUUCCAUCUGCAAAACA